AUGCCUGAGUUGACGGUUGGUUAUGUUGCUGGUAUCAUUGCCUUUGGCAUUGUGAUAGCUCAACUAUGGUGUCCGACUGCCAUGACCUUUAUCCUCGCUGGUCAACUACGUGAUCGCGAGACAGCAGCCACAUGGACAAAUGCUGGUCGAUUCCUUCAGAGCUCUCUAUGGCCUCCCCUGCUUCAGGCAGACUCUGCUAAGCGUCAUGGAGUCCGCGGAACCAUCUCCAUGAUGACCUUGGCUGUCCCAUUGCUUGCCUUGCUCGUCUCUCUUGCUGGUGUUAUCACUCCUCUGGGGUUAUACGAGCAAGAUGAACUCGACAACCAGUCCACUCUGGCAUCUUUCCAAUAUGCCAAGGACUCGAGCGCAUUCCUCAUGGGAACCUCACCACGCGACAGCAACAACUCCUUCACACGAACCUGUUCAUUAACUCCAACGUGCUAUGCGCCUUGUCCUUACACUUCGGAUGUUACCAUCUUUUCAUCCGACGGGCUGUCCCUCAACUGCACGACGCUUUACGAAAUCAACACAACCGUGCCCAGUAUCCUGCAUGAUAUCUACAUGAGCGGCACUAAGAAGCGCAGGACAACCAUUUCUAACUACUUUGAUAUUGAGUGGCGGCAGUUGACCAAGCAAUACAACCGAAUCUACAACAACGGCACACCCAUCGCUGUUGGCAUCUUCCGCGCUCUCGAGUCGUUUGCACUCAGGGAAGAGAUUAAACCUGUGGAGGGUCUGAUUGUCGACAACAAAAACGGCGGUAUCGGCUUGAGGAACCAUACUCUGCCUAUUGGACAUACCCGAGGCGCAACUUGGUCUGAAGACUUGCUCUUCCUAGAGCCAGAGAUUGAGUGUGUGAACCUCAACGUCACCGUCGACUUUGAAAUUAGCACCAGCUCCAAGCAAACCUCUGGCCUCGCCGUCACAAAUCUGUACAUGACGGACCGCGGCGGCUUCGUCCACCUCAACACGACCAACCCGGAGCAUGACCAGCGCAACGGCGUGAACAAGCCUGACCUGAAGACGCGGGCGUAUCAGGCGGCGUGGUACACCAACGGCGUCACAAUGCUCUUCAUGAACAUGUCGGAUCCGACUGACAAGGUCAAGGGGACAAAGGCGUUUGACCGCAUCGACUCCAAGGUCGGUAAGAAGUGGAAGCUGCCCAUCGCCGAGGUUGAUCACACUACGUAUCAGUCACUGCAGUUCAUGACGGAGUUUGGGAGGCUUGCUGGUAUGACAAAGUCCUUUGAUGGUAAGGGGGAGGAGAUUUACAAGAAUCCGCAUAAUAUCACUUCUGACUACUGGGAUGCUGCGAAAUUUAUUUGCCAAGGAACUUCGUUGAAUGCCCCAGCCUUGUUAAACAACACCUACGUCGCCUGCAACUUACUCCGCGGGGUUCCCAAGCGAGUAGGCGGUGGCUCACCAAACCUAUUCGAAGACGGCAGCGAAUGGAGUUCACCCUUAUACACCUGCGCCUCAGCCGUUAAAGCCACCGUUAAGAGGGUCACCUUCUUCCACAAUGGCACCAGCGACAGCAUCGACAACCUAGUCGUCAAGGAGGUCAAGGAGAAAGAGUAUAAGAGCAAGGACGAUAUGCCACUCUGGGGCGUUGAAGACUGGUCCCUCACCCUCGCUCAGUUUGAGCCCAUCUGGGGUAUCGUCGACCCAGCUUUCAAGGGCUUUCAAAACGUCAGCACCACCCAGGCACCAGAGUUGUAUCUCCUCGGUUCCGCUAUGGACGAGAUCUUUGGUCCUGCGGCGCUUAGCCCGUCUUCUUCCACUAUGAAUCUCCCCGGUUCCAUCGUGCCCAUCUCAGCUCUACACACCAUCUUCAAGAGCGGUAGCGAUACAGAUCCCAUCAUUGACUUUACCGCUCGGCAGAGCAUGAGUCUCUGGCUCAAGUGGAAAGAGCUGUCAGCCUCUGCUGAGACGGCUCCCAAGAUCUACAAGCUCCUCUGGAACGAUCUCGCUGCUUCGGCCCUCGUGGGUACCAAAGGCACCCUGGGCGCUCUCAACGAGGAGCCCGACCAAGCUGCCAGGCUACGAGUCAUUCCAACAGUCCACAGGGUCAAGUACAGAUGGAUGUUUGGCAUCCCGGCUUUCGUCGUCAUCGUCUUCAUGGGCCUCAUCUUCCUAGCCGUAGCAGGCAGCGCCGUGACGGGCAAGUCCAGCUUCGGCCUCGUGAGGCACAGACUCAAGCAGGUUGCCGUAGGCCGCGUCUUGACUACAAUCUUCCACCCCGACUCCAGCAGCUUCAUCAUGUCUCCCGGCGACUGGAGUAGGGCCAACGGCGAGAAGCAGAUCGACAUGACUGGUGGACGUCCAGCACCUGCAGCUCCAGGGGGCCCUCCUCCUACAGUUAUCAAUCCUGUGCCUGCUCAAUUCAACGUGCCUCCUCAGUUCAGCGCGCCUCAGCAGUAUCAACCGGUACAGCCCUACUCACCACAACCAUAUCCUCCUCAACAGCCGCCUCCGCCGCAAUGGAGAGGGAGCCCUGCUACCCCUGACGAAGUUCAUGAAUUGACAUACUUUCCCGAGCGCAAAAGCUAG